AUGGGUUUCGAAGGCUCCGCGAACAAGGUGGCCGUCGGCGUCGUGCGCUCCGACGGCGCGAUCCUGAGCAACCCGAGGAAGACGUACAUCACGCCGCCGGGGACGGGGUUCCUCCCCAGGGAGACCGCGGAGCACCACAGAGAGGUGAUCCUGGACCUCGUCCAGGCGGCGCUCGACGAGGCGGGCGUCGCGCCGAAAGAUCUCGACGUCCUGUGUUACACGAAGGGGCCAGGAAUGGGCGCGCCGCUCGUCUCCGUCGCCGUCGUCGUGCGAAUGUUGUCGCAGAUCUGGGGAAAACCGAUCGUGGGCGUGAACCACUGCGUCGGGCACAUAGAGAUGGGGAGGGUCGUCUGCGGCGCGGUCGAUCCCGUCGUGCUCUACGUCAGCGGAGGGAACACGCAAGUCAUCGCGUACAACGAAAAGGCGCGUCGAAUCGAACGCAGAUACCGCAUCUUCGGCGAGACGAUCGACAUCGCGGUGGGGAACUGCCUCGAUAAGUUCGCGCGCGAGAUCGGCCUCAGCAACGACCCGUCGCCCGGGUACAACAUCGAGCAGGAGGCGAAGAAAGGCACGAAAUUUAUCGACUUACCGUACGCGGUCAAAGGCAUGGACGUGUCGCUGAGCGGCGUGCUCACGGAGCGCAUGCGUCGCGGCGAGUGCACCGCCGCGGAUCUGUGCUUCUCGCUUCAGGAGACGAUAUUCGCGAUGCUCGUGGAGAUCACGGAGCGCACGAUGGCGCACUGCAACACGCAGGACGUCCUCAUCGUCGGCGGCGUCGGGUGUAACGUGCGGCUGCAGGAGAUGAUGGGAGAGAUGGUGAAACAACGCGGCGGCGCGCUCUACGCGACGGACGAUCGAUACUGCGUCGACAACGGCGCGAUGAUCGCCUACGCCGGGCUGUUGGCGUUCAUGGAGGGCGACGUGACGGCGAUGAAGGACACGACGUGCACGCAGCGAUACCGCACGGACGACGUGCUCGUGACGUGGAGGAAGGAUAAGGAGUAA